CAAAUUUUAGGACGUGAAAAUUGGUGCAUUGUCUUUCAUCCAGCAUCCUCAAGUUUUUUACUUCACUUUGUCUUCCUUUGUCAGUUUUUCGGGCAUCGUGCUUGUUUCAAAUUUGUGGGUGCUGUUAGAUUCCUGAUUUGCACUUAAAGUUCUUUUGUGCAUCGAUAUUUUGGUUCUUCGAAAUUCCGCUACAGUUGUAAUUAAAAUAUUGCAUUAGACCUCUUUUUCUGCGGUAGAACUUUCUACUAUACUUUUAUGAAAAGUUUUAAGUGAAAGUUCUAUUUUGAGGUCACCCUCAAAAUACGUUCUUGAUUCGCACUUACUUACUACAUUCGAACAUUCAUGUCCCUUAUGAGUUUUAAAAAAAAGUCUGAGUUUUGUGGCAAUACUUCAAAUUAUGAUUCAAAAAUUACAGAUAGGGGCUUGGAGGACAAGGUGCAUACCUAAGUGCAGUUUUUGCUGUUUCGAGAAAUACGUGUUUGAAGUUCCGAAAUUACAUGGAUCCUUAUGGUAGAAAGAUAGUUCAAACUGUCUUUUUGACGCUUAAUAUUAGGGAUUCGGGAGCGAAUUUUUCACAGCAUAUGCAUUAAGACUAUAGUUAUUUAUUUAAAAUCAUUAAUACCUCGAUUUUUUCGAAAACUGCACUUAUAUGCGCCUUGUCCUCCAAGCCUCUCAAAUGUGAUGAAUCGUGCGGAUGCCAAAAGCGGAGUCAACAUUAACUACUUUGGACAACAAUUUUUGGGAUUGAAAAUGUAUUCCCCAACCGCGGCCAUCCUACAUAUAAUAUUCAUGUCGGGCUCUCUACUCCCUUCCCUUGCUACAGCCAAUAUUUGCGUGAAACAGGGAACCACCGAUCGGACAAUGCUGACCAACGCGAUGACGUUCCGGGAUCUGAUGAAGCAAAGUACUAUGUUCGUGGAUAAGACUCUCCUCAUCAAAGACUUUCUCGAGCUCCCAACGAAAGUUGUUCUCAUCACCUGCCCACGUCGUUGGGGCAAAUCCCUCAACAUGGACAUGAUACGGGAGUUCCUUCAGAUCACACCCGAAGAGAUUGCGCAACAAACCGGACCUGGUGCGAAGUCAGGGAGAAUGUUACUGCAUUCCACGUACGAACUCAUUAAACCACCUAAUAGCUCCAGAAGUAAUUAUCGCGGGGAAAAGCUGCCUGAGAUAAACAAAUACAAACGAGAUGAGGACGGACGAGUAUUUUGGGAUCAUUCUCAACAACGAUUGACUGGACAAGUAAUUAAUAUUGAGGGACUUUCUGAAAGAAAAAUUGGACUGUCUAACUGGUCGAUGCAACAAAAGGAUUCAUUUAACCUCGGAGGGAAUAGUUUUUUUGAUCAAAAUUCUAAGCGCAAAACAUUUGAACAGAUUGAAUACACAAGUUUCAACCAUAAACCAGCUAAGUAUGAUUUAAAAAAACCAGAUAAGCGAGUUGAAAGUGGUUGGAGCGGUCUAUUUAACCUGACACCACAAGCAAUGUCUAAUCCCUUAAAUAAGCUCACUUCCAAGCUUUCCACGUCCUCCUGGAAGCUACUGUCAAACCGGCUGGUCGACAGUCCUGCCAACAGGAUGUUAAGGAUCAAAACUGGUCCUUCGAGUCGACCAAAUUUUCCGCGCAGCCUUCAGCUUCUGCACCAGGCAGACGAGGAGCCCGCCAUUGGGGACGAUUUAACCCGUCUCUUCAAGCGGAAACCAGAGACUAAUAAGAACAGGAACAAAGCAGGUUCUCAAAAGCGAUCGGACGUGUCCGCGUACCGAAUGUUCAGCCACGGCGAGACGAAUACCGGUAAAUACACGCGGCUGACAAUUGCGGACUGGCAUAAAGUCAUCUCGCAAUAUCUCGGCCAGCACCCCGUGCUUCAUGUCUCCUUGCUCAUUCCGUUUGGCUACUCGUUUGACAGAAUCCUGGAAAGUCUUCAGCAGAAAUUAGCGCAAGUUUACACUCAUUACGCCUACGUUUUUAAGGAGAGAGCGGAAGACGAACGAGAUAAUUUGUGGCGUGACUACGCGCAGAUGGAGGACUCGUGGAGUGACUACGCGCAUGUGCAGGACUCAUGGCAUGACAAGGCACAUACGCAGGACUCGUGGCAAGAUGCGCAGGCGCAGAACGACCCCUUUGACCGCGGUCGUGAGAUGCUGCGCAGACUGCGUGCGCAGAACGCGACGGAGGCGGAGCUGGCGGAUAGCUUGCGGCUUCUAUCACAACUCCUUCACCAACGUUACGGCGCGAGGGUCUUCGUUCUUAUCGACGAUUACGACACACCUGUGAACUUGGCGUUCGCGCGUUAUGCGGGCAACUCGCGCGAACACGAGCGACUGAUCACGUUUAUGUCGCGGCUCUUCGCGAACACGUUCGCGAAUAACCCGCACGUUGAGAAGAGCCUCGUGACCGGUGUAAACGCAAUUGCGGUACACGAGCUAUUCGCGGAGGUCGACUAUGAACACCACAACAUGCUCCGUAGCCAGGUGUCCAGACAUUACGGGUUCUCAGAAACUGAUGUUACACAGUUAUUUCACGAAGCAAAAAUAGCGCUUCCUCUGGCAGCAGCCGCUAAAAGAUUUUACGCAGGCUACGCGCCCGGCUUGAGACGAAAAUUCUGUAACCCGUGGGACAUCUCACAGUUUAUCAAGCUCCCGAAGCUUCGCCGCUGGUGGGUGGAGACUGGCGGCGCCGGGUUCUUCGACCGCGUCUUCCGAUUCAAGGUCCUGAACACACCCCUGCUCACCCUCAUCAGCCGCUCGAGCUACUUGCUACCACUCCAACCCGCGCUCACCGCCACAGAAUACGCCACGCUCAAAGACAUGCUCGCGGAAAGGACCCCCUUUGAUGACCGCGGAGGCCAGCUCUUCUUCAGCUUCAUCUUCGGCGCCGGCUACCUCACCCUCGAUAAUGACGCUAACCGACUCGGUGUCCAUGAAGAAGAAACCCCGGAGGUGCGGGUCAGGUUGCCCAAUGAGGAGAUAGCCUCUGAGCUAACGAACGUGCUGUUGCGUUACUAUGAUUCGCUUAUAUGUAUAAGCCAGCCUGGAGAAGACGUGCGACGGGGUAUUUACGCCGAGUUCCAGAGGUUGUUUAAAGAGGGCACCACCACCACGUUCAAGGAGAUCUUAGAGCGCUUUUUACAGAUACAUCCAAGGUUUGAUGAUGACUCAACGAUUCGAUCAGCGUUGAAUCAUGUGUUACUGUCCGUCCGUGCUACCGAGGGGGACUUUUCGCUGAAGACGGAACGGGACGGGGAGGACAGAAACCCUCGCAGGCCCGCCUUUGCGGUGGCAAAUCUGGAGCUAAGUGUGGGGGUGAUUUUAGAGCUGGAGUGCGGGUUGACGGGAGGUGAAGUUUUGAGCCAAGCCGAGAGAUAUUCGAGCUACUUUCGCGAAAAGAGGGUGAAAAGGGUCCGGUUUGUGGGUGUGGGUGUAUUUCGGAACAAGACUGUUAGCAUUAAAGACACUUGGAAAGCUCGGACUUAAAGAUGAUUGAGACUCAAAAUUGUCGUAAAAUACACGCCUGAUGCAGUGGUAUUCCAAGAGCUUUUUUUCUUUCUGUAACAUUGUUUAUUUGAAAAGAGGAAGUUAAAAAGUUUGUGAAUUUUAAAGGGGAAACUUUAAAAGAAGUGUUCAAGUAUCUGAAGUAAAAACCCCUUUUUCUUCUUCUUUUUCGUGGGGAAACUUUUUUUUCUAUUUAGAAAAAUGAAAACUCUGUAUUGAAUAAAAAUAAUAUUUACAUUAUAAAUAAAUAUUUGUAGAUAAGACCACCCGGGCCGGUUACGAUGAGCGAAGCCUCGUAAGCGUCGGAGUCCGAGCUUCAAGUACGGGUGGGGGAGAAGCGGAGAGGGGCCAGAGUGGACUGGAAGAGAAAAGUACGAGUUGUACGCAGUAGUAGCACGGGCGGCGGGACCUCCGUUCACGCACAAAAAACAGCGAAUAUCUCGAAAACCGAACAUGGGAUUUCUUUGGGCCCAUCUGAGCUUUUGAUCAGAAUGACUAGCUGAGCAACAUAUCAAAGUUUCAGCAGAUUUGACCGGAAGGUAUUUCCCAUAGGGAUGAUGCGGGGUUCUUUUAUACUUGAAAUUUUACAUAAAUUUUAUUCUUGAAAUUUUA